GGCGCCGUCUGGGUGUGCAUGGGUGUGUAACGCAGCAUAAAAACAUUUAUUUUGCUAAGCGUUUGAAUACUUAAAAAACUUUAUAAAUAAAAAAGUGGUCGCGUAUAUGUGAAUGUGAACUGUUUAUAAAAUUAUAAAAAGCUCUAGGAUAUAUCUAAAUUAGUAAUUCGUAUGCAGUUGUCAAGAAAUCGGGAUUCAGGAUCUCGUAUUAGGACUUAUCGUUAUCGCCUAUCUCGGCUGUCUCGUCUGUCUACGCACGUUAGAAUAGAAGUAGUGAUAGCGGUAGUGCUAAGUGUAGCAUAGGGACAAUGGCGGUGAACUUACUUUGUGAGUGCACUUGUAAACAAACAAUAUGAUGGAAACAGAGCUUCCGCCUGGCAGUAGUAACUCAACAGGACACCUCUCUACCAUUGGAUGGCAAAUACCAGGUCGCAUGCACCACUCGGCGAGCACGCCAGCGGGUGUGGACGGUGGCGGGUCUCGCACGCCGCCCGCCACGCCCAAGAAAGGCGGAAAGAUGCUGGCGGUGCGCGUUCAGAUGUUGGACGACUCCAUAUCCAUGUUUCAGAUACAGUCGAAAGCGCUGGGCAGAGUUCUGUUUGAUCAAGUUUGUCGACAACUACAUCUCUUGGAAGCUGAUUACUUCGGGCUGGAAUAUCAAGAUGCUAAUGGAAGCAAGGAUUGGCUGGACGUGGAAAAGCCGAUGUGUCGGCAAUUGGGGUUGUCCAUGCUGGAGCCGACGCUUCGUUUCUGCGUUAAGUUCUACACCCCGGACCCAGCGAGGCUCGAAGAAGAAUUCACGCGGUACCUCUUCUGUCUCCAAGUAAAGAGAGACCUGGCGCAAGGCAGCAUACAGUGCAAUGAGAAUACUGCUGCGCUUAUGGCUAGCUACAUUGUACAAGCGGAGUGUGGUGAUUUCGUUCCCGAAGAUUAUCCGGAUCACACGUAUCUUAGCGGUUAUAAGUUUUUUACCGGACAGGACCCUGAGUCCGAGAGGAGAAUAUGCGAAAACCACAAGAAACAUAUUGGCCAGAGUCCCGCUGAAGCCGACCUUAAUUUACUAGAGACAGCCCGGAGAUGUGAACUAUACGGUAUCAAAAUGCAUGCGGCAAAGGAUCAUGAAGGUGUACCAUUGAAUAUAGCAGUAGCGCACAUGGGAAUCGUAGUAUUCCAGCACUUUACGAAAAUCAAUACAUUCAGCUGGGCCAAGAUCAGGAAGAUAUCAUUUAAACGGAAAAAGUUCCUCAUCAAAUUGCAUCCUGAAGGAUAUGGCCACUAUCGCGACGUAGUUGAAUUCUUCUUUAAAGGACGCAACGAAUGUAAGAACUUUUGGAAGAAGUGUGUGGAGAAUCACGGCUUUUUCCGGUGUUCGAGUGUUCCGAAACUGCCCAGGCAUAAGACUAAAGUGCUGUCACGUGGGUCUUCCUUUAGAUAUAGCGGUAAAACACAAAAGCAGAUUGUGGAAUUCGUUCGAGAUAACUAUGUGAAGCGGCAAACAUUCCAGAGGUCGGGAUCGUUCCGCGCGUCGCGGUCUGCGGGCGGCUCACGGGCUAACGUGUCGCACACGACGCCGCUCAACGCGAGCGUCUCGGCACAUCCACUAUUGCCGCUGCCUCCUGGCUCGGAUGCGAUUUCCCUGGAGUGGGACAAGCAACCUCACUACCUGGAAGCCUCGCUGGUGAUGCGAGGUUAUUCCGCGGAAGCUGCACGCGAAGCGGCUCGUCCCCAAUCCUGCACGGACACGGACACAGCCACGGACACGGCCACGGACAUGGACACGCCCACGGCCACCCGCACUCCCCGCACACCCCGCACCCCUCUCGCUCGCCCGCCGCCUCCAGCUACCGCCUUUGCUUCCACGAGGGACAAGCUGACAAAACUGUACUGCAAGCAAAUCGAGGGUCCCGAACUAGUGACCCAUGCCGAGGUCAAUCAUCAUCCUACGGAGGAUUCACCUCUGCCUCAUCGGACGAUGACACCGUCGGAAUGCCAGGAGACACCGUGGAAGCUUGGUCGCGAGGCCCGCGCGCGCGCUCCCACUCCGCCGCUUCGUGCCCGCCCCCCCGCAGACGAACUAUCGCCAGAGGACCACACGAUAUCAUCGGCCAGUCUCUGUAUGUCACCAAGCGCGGAUUUAAUUCCCUCUGGACCGCCGUUACACGCCUCCACACCACUGGAGAGGCGGACCUUAAAUGGCUGCGUGGCUAGAGGGAGACAAAACAAUAACAAUGAGAAUGACAGAGAUAGCGAUAUUAUUAACCACAGGGACGUUGUUGACGCAAUCAAUGGGAACGUACAUGUCAACGUAGUUUCGGAGUCCACGAGUAUGGACGUGUUGAGUGGAGGCGAGAGCGACGCGGGCGACACACUGAAUAGGCGGAAUAAUAAUAGCUUAUCGUCGCGUAUGACGCUAGGUGAUAUGACGUGUAAGCGUAAGGCCGGUGACGUCACGUACUACGUCGCCAAGGAACUACUGAUGACGGAACGCACCUACAAGCGGGACUUGGAACUUCUUACUGUUACAUGGUCAAAACGCGUAGGGUCUAUUGGUCGCACGGCGUCUUCGGGUGCCGAGGCAGCGGCACUAGCGAAGGCCUGUCUUGCCCUAGAGCCUCUUGCUUUGCCCGCGGGUGCUCUACUGGCGAGACUUGAUAGGGCUCUGGUCACCUCAAAUAACAGGCAUGAUGUCGACGAACCGGAGUAUAGAAAAAUAGCAGAUUUACUCUUUGACUACUUGUCUAACACCUAUGAUGCGUACGCAGAGUAUACGGAGCAAGCGGGCACUUUAGUGGCGUUAGUCGAAAGUGCUAGACGUCGCGGAGGGGCGGCGUCUCGUGAAGCAACUGCCUUCGAUCUCUCUUCACCGCUGCCACUUGCUUGUCUCCUGCUGCGCCCCUUGCACAGACUGCUGCAUUAUUGCACGUUGACACAUGAAUUAUGGUCAGCAACGUGCGGGCAGCAAGCCCUCUCUGCGCACGAGUUGGCAAGCAAAGCUGCGAGUCUUGCACUCACCCAGCUGAGACACGUCGAAAACCAUGCCACGCUUUGUCAGCUGCAGAGGGAUAUUGUUGGCUAUGACAAGUUACUCGUAGCGGAACGCGAGUUCGUACGACUCGGAUGCGUCUACAAGCACUCGUCAAAAGGUCUUCAACAAAGGAUGCUGUUUUUGUUCAGCGACUUACUUCUAAUAGCAUCAAAGUCUUCAAGCGGACACUUCCGUGCGCAUAGUGUUCUUCCUCUGCACCGGCUGAGACUGGAACCUAGCGAUCUACCGCACUCCAUCAACGUAGUUGACGAAGAGGCCACAGUUUUGAUUAGUAUGAGCAAUGACGUGGAAUACGCGGGUUGGUGGGAAUCGCUUUCCGAUAGUAUUGAUGCUGCGCAGGAUUUACGCACGCUGAUCGAUACGCAACUCACACACAUUGAUAAUGACACAGAGAAUACGGACGUAAAUACGAACGUGUCAACGUCGAACGCGCUCAGUUUCGUUUGCUGGCAUCGAGCUACUUCGCUUACCAGGGACCAUCUCCACCUCGCACUUAGAAGUCAGCUAUCCGGAUACUUACUACGUAAGUUCAAAAACUCGCACGGCUGGCAGAAGCUAUGGGUUGUGUUCGCGCUCUAUUCGCUUUUCUUCUACAAGAGCUGGCAGGACGAGACACCUCUCGCGUCCUUGCCGCUUUUAGGGUACAGUGUAAGCGCCCCCUCGCCUACCGACGGAAUUGAAAAAGACUUCGUGUUCAAGCUGCAGUACAAGAGUCAUGUGUACUUCUUCAGAGCGGAUAGUCAUUUCACCUACAAUAGGUGGACGGAAGUGCUGCAAACUCCGAUGAUGCAAUCUCGUCACAAUUGUUAGAUAAAUCAUUUAAACAAAUUCUAGAAACCAAACAUUAAAUUAUAUGGGAACUUCUUGUCUUAGGUCCUGUCUCAUAGAAAAUAGUGCCAUAUAUCUUAUAUUCAUAAAAACAGAUUUAAAUUUUAUUUAAAAUCAAAAAAAUUUCGAAGUGGCCAUGGCAAAUAUAUUUUAAAUGACAGAAGUUAACAAACAAGGUUUCAACCAAUAUGACGGACGUUACAGAAAAUA